AUGACGUAUUCUUCCAGGGCUAGACGUCGGAAUCCAUUCACCGUCGAUCGUAUCGACAUAAUCCGGUCCGAUGGGGCAUACCGCCGGGCUUCUGUGUUUGAGUUGGAACGGGUUUGCCAUCGUCCAUCGAUCAUUUCAACGAAAUCCAUACCGAUUGGUACAGAAGCCUCGGUAUGUCUCAAGUUGAUCGUUGUCUCCGUUGAUCAGUGA